CAUUAAAAAUAUGUUUUCAAAAACAUUCAAGAAAUCUCAGAAAUCUAUCUCUGCAAAGAUUGAUAAUUUCAGCAUCCUCUUAGAGCGCCAUGAUGAAGAAACCAUGUUUCCUCGGCUGGCAUUCCUCAAAACUGAGGAACACAAAUUGAAGGCAGAUCUUAAACAUGAGAUCGUCCAGAGGAAGAAGGAAAUUUACUCUUCGCUCGUCAAGUCAAUCAUGACCUCCAUGCUCCCCUCCUAUACAGAGGCUUCAAAUGUACAUGGGAAAGGAUCCCUAAAGAGAAUGCAGGACAUUCUCGAGAGUCACAUUGAGUCAUCAAAGAGCACCAUGUUCCACGAUGCUAAGGGGAAGAUGCUGACGCUCCUAACCAAGCUCAGCGAAUACAUUGUGCAGGAAAUAAGGUCUAAACUAAAAGAAGCUAUGAAGCAGUCACUCCACAAUGAGCUACCCCUCCCAGAUAUAUCUGAGCACUAUGAGAUAGUGAAGAGCGCCUAUGAAAAAAUGAUGGGUAAACCCAUCACAGAUGUUGAAGAUGAGAAAUGUCUCCUAGAAGACACCUCGGGGAAGGAAAUGACAUCUGAGCAGGUAACUACCAAAAUAAAGGUUCCACUAAGGAACAACAGGAAUGAUGAGAAGAAAAAGAAGAAAAAGAAGAAAAAGAAACAAAGGAAAAGGGCGAAGGAUGUUCUUGCAGAUGCUGUGUUUGUGGAUAAGCACAUGAGUGCACUAAUCAAGAGGGCUGCAAUGGUAAUGGCUAUAGCAGAUGACCUACUGGGAGAGGACAUGAUCCAAGAUGAAACGUAUUCGGAUAUUGAGGCAGCCGAGACCAGUGAGAAAAAAAUGAGAGUUCUGUACAAGGCUCUACGCUCAGGAGGACCAAUGAUUAAAUCAGCCUUCUACACAGCUCUCCAAACUAAUGAACCUAAUCUUGUCAAGGACUUGGCUUCCCCCUGAUGACAGACCUGGCUUGGGUUGGUCCUCAUGUGCUGGACAAUGGGCAGCAAGCAGUCUCACUGGCUGUGGGACAGCAGCGGAGUUACUAUCCUCCUAAUGCCCCUAUAGGUGUUGGGGGAUAGAACCAACUAGCUCUAUCAUCCUUUUUUUGUUGUUGUGGCUUUAUGUUUGUGGCAAACUGAAAUCUGUGCUCUUGCAAUAUGCUAUAGCCUAGUACUUUGUUUUCCUCAGAAUGUUUUGUGUGUUUUGUUUUUAUCAAACCCAUCUUUAGUGUUCUUACUGUAUGUGUGAGGGGAAAGGGACAACCCAAAACUGGUUAAGUAUGAUGUUAGUUAAAACAUUGUACAUGCAUAAAUACUUGAGGACAACAGAGGGACAAACAGGUUGAGUAGCAUAUAUGCUUGUUAAUUGAUUUAUGCAUUAUUUUAAAUAUUUGGUAUAUAAUACAAUCAUGUUAUGUGGAAAAGUUUGUCACAAUUUAUUUGACCAGAGGACAAUACCAGAGGAAACAGUGCCAUGAAGUAAUGUGCAACCCAAGAUAAAAUGUUGAUCAUGUCUGUAACAUUUUAUUUUAGAUGUGAGCUUGAUUAUACCAAUGAAUUGUGUUUAUCUCUGUUGUAGCUUAACUUCUGAUUUUAUUAUGGCGCAUGGUUUAUUUCAUCAUUCAUUCUGUUCAGUCAAAGUCAUCUCUAUAUCAUCAUUAUAUCUUCAACUCCUUUUACAUGUUAUGUUUCUGAGUUGAAUGUCACAUUGUUUCAUUCUUUCCUCAA